AGCGCGCGUGCGGAGAAAAAAAGGCGCGCGGUUCCUCCUCGAGCAGGGACGUUUGCCAUGUUAGAGGAGCGCAGUCAUGGCGGGGGCGCAGGGUUUGGACGCCCGCAGGACGGUGGUCGUUUCCGGUGUCCCCGCGCUGCUCACCCCCGACAGAAUGGCCGACAAGCUGACUAUCCACUUUCAGACCCGCCGGCGGAGUGCGGGGGGCGACGUGGCUGGGGUGACCUACCCCACCGACAUGCAGGGAGUCGCGUUCGUUACUUUUGAUCGAGCUGAAGAUGCUGCAAAUGUGGUGAAAAAAGAUCAGCAAGUGAUGAUAGAUGAGGAGUUUCGUGAUGACUACACCCUCACCGUGUUUCCCUUCAGCCCAGAUGUUUUUCUGUACAUCAACAGCGCUAAAGUGGAUCUCUCCGUUUUCGGUGAUCCGGCUUCAUUGGUAGUAAGCCUUCGGUCUACUUACAGAUCGAUACGAUUCCAGCAUUCGCCCCAGCAGACCAAGGUCACCAUUGAGGGGCCUUUCUCUGCAGUCAGGAGUCUGAGGGAGGACCUCACCGCAAGGGUCACUAGCCUAAAACACUUAGCCCAAAGCCCUAGCAUCGGCACAAAAGUCAACAGUCCAAAAGCUUCCUUAAAGCUUAAAGUUCCAGAUGAGACUUUGGGAGCAGGGGGGAGGGAGCAGCUGACCGCUCAGAGGAGGCUCGAAAUGUCUUCAAACUGUAGAGCAGAUGGAUCAAGCCCCCGCCGUAGAGAAGUGGUUGGAGCAGAAGCUUUUACCAGGACAGCGUCCUCUUUUGCGGAGCAGGAAAUGUCAGUAAAGCCAAAGAAAUUGUUCCGUGUUCCUUCAGCUGGCACUAAAGACCAUUCCAAAGUCCCAAGCAGCCCCGCAUCAUCUGAGAGAGGCCGUUCACCAUUGGGAGACCAAAAAGGCGCCAGGGGGCGGCGCUCAAAUGACGCAGACGACAUAUGGGUGGAAGAGUACACAUUCAAGUACAUUGAAAAGUUCCACAAAAAGCACUUGAGGGGUCUGGACGUCUCUGUAGAGGGCACGGAGGGAAGCGACCUGGUGCGGAUAUCUCUGAGUGACAAGGAGCCCUCAAGGAAAGACGCCGCCGAGAACCUCAAGUUUCUCAUAACCUCUUUACAGGCCAACCUGAGAGUUCACACGAUCUCUCUGGACAAGGACCAGCUGCGCUCUAAGAGAGAGCUGACAAAGAUCUGCGAUGACGUGGCAUUACCGUUCAAAGAUGUUCUUUAUGUGCUUGAGGACUCUUGCAUUAAGGUGAUCGGUCCGCCUGUAUCAGCCAUCCCGUUUUGUGUGAGGUUAGAGGACCAAAUACAGGAAGUUUCUGGUCAUUAACUAACUAUUUACCCUCACCUCAAGUGAGCAGUGUUUUAAUAAACCCCAGCGCUUUAGAAAUGUGACAGGAAAUACCCAAACUGGACAGCAGGGGGCAGUAAGAGCCUUUCUUCUUCAUGAGACGUUGAAGUGAAGCAAUUAUGGAGGCUGGGUUUGGCAAACAGGGUGAGGACUGGAAGAGGAACGAUCAGAGAUGGAUGUCCCAUUACACCCCCGCCCCCUCCACAUCUCACUCUGUUGUAUCCGAUCUGCAGAAGUGAUGUGGAAAUGUUCAAGGUCUGCUGGAGGGAUUCAUCUUUCAGAUGAUCUUUCUCAGCAGAUCCACUAAUUGAUUCAGUAUGUUUAGAGAAAUAAAAACAAGAAGCGCCGCCACUAUGAACCCACGUCGCCUCUCCCGCUAGUUACCAUAGGAACGUAACAGAGGAGGUUGGAGAUGUGCAGUGUUGGGCGUUGUUAGGGGAAGCUCUUGAUCACAAUAGAGGCAUCCAGAAGGACGGAUCCUGCAGAAGAGACCCUCCAUCACUGGUCCGUCUCCUCACUCCCUUUUGAUACGUCUUAACCUUCUCCCAUUAUUUGAGUUUGGGGGGUGGGCACAGAAGAAGGUCAACAAGCAGAAAGCAUGAAUAAUUUUUUCUGGGACAGGCUCUCCAUCACUCUCACGUGCACCCAUCAUGCACCAGGUGUAAUUAGCCUUUUGAGUGUGUGGCUUUCAUGGGAGGACACAAACUGCCACAAAAUGUGGCUUCUCACAGAAAAAAAAUGGCCUCCACGUCACCCGGACAGGACACUUUUCUAAACAUCAAUGGUACUUCCAAUCCAGAGAGACCAAAUCUGAUGCUCGGGUGAGGCUGGAACAUACAUGCACUUGAGCUGAAUGAAAACGAGGUACUCACAUUCAGGGUAAUUAUGUACCUCAAUAUGCAGAUGACGCUGUUAUUUAUCGCUUCAGAGCAGCGUGACCAUGGGACACUGACACAUAGAUAUUAGUUUCUACUCAUCCUAAACAACUUUUUUACUUUCAAUUACUGUACCCAGUUUACCGUUGGGCUUUGUAAAUCCAAACUUUUUUCUUUUUUUUUUGAGCAAGGGACUAUUUGCACGUAAUUUUUUAAAUACGAAAGGCUAUUGCUUACAUUUUGUUUUUGGCUACACAAACUUGGAGAAAUGGUUAGGGUUAAUAUACCAAAUGGUUCCCAAGUGCAGCUGUAUCUGCAGUUCACCCCUCCCCCACAGGAUGGGUCAACUGCGGUGUCAUGACAACUAAUGGGACUAACUUUAAAUACGUGCGACCAAACAUUGUUUGCCAUGGACACACUUAAAAUACGUGCUGGCAAUUCAGCUAUUUCCAUCAGUUUUUGAGCUGGUCACUCAAAAUAUGUCUGAAUAACAUUAGCCUUUUUUAUUUUAGUAUUAUUUUAAGUAUUUCUAAAAUUUAUAGCUGUUCUGUUGUUUAAUCUGCCUCUAUGAGGCACAAAGAUUGUUUUGGUUUUUUUUUUGGGCGGGGGGGUAUGUUUUUCUGUUAUUUUUAUAGACUGAAUAAAAACGGGGCGUCGGCCCUCCAAACCCCAAAAGCUCUCAACAAGCAUGGCAUUAAAAUCAAAAAUCUAACCGGUAAAGGAAAAUGAAUGGUUUAUAUUAUUAUCAUUUUCCACCUAUUGUACUCAAGUUUAGAGUCUUUGCUCUAUUUUUUUCCCCCUGUGCCCCUAAAUAUGAAUAUCACAAAAGGCUUCUGUCACUUAAGGUUUUUAUUCUUUUUCUGCAGGUUAAAAAGAACUUUCAAGCCACAGGAUUCGGGUUGUGCAUCACAAUUCUGAGGCAGCAAUAUUAUGAUGUAAGACAUUACUAUAUAAUAACAUUAACAAGUAAUAUUUAACAGCAUGGAACAACACGCAUGCACAACACUGUUUACCUAAAACAACAAAAGUAAGUGUCAUGCUAACAACACAAAACUCUAAGCUGACAGGAGAAACAUGAACAUUAUAUUUUAUGUCAAAAGGGAAGCAAAAAGACAUAUUUAGCAACAUUUUUACACAGUACUUAAUGAAUAAAGCUUAAAAAUAAAUGUAAAUACUUAUAAAAUGUAAUAAUUUACAAAAAAUACUAAAUAAAGUUCUGUAUGAGAUCACCGUAUUUCCACAAACGUGUUACUGUACUUAAAUAAAAAACAUUUCUGUUACCAGUU